AUGAGCACAGUAGAUCCUAAACCUUACCAAACAAACUACACAACUGGUAGAAAAAUGGAUGAUGUACCGUUUGACGACUUAUAUGGGAACGAUGAAUUGAGUGCGAAUGAUAAUGUACAUUAUGGCUUAGAAAAAGUUCCAGAAGAUUAUGAAGCAAGAACACCGUAUAAAGGCGAGGUCGAAUGGGAAACAAAUUUUCGUAAAUCACUAUCCGUUCAAAUACCAGUUGUAGUACCAUCUAUUUCAAAAGAAAACGCCACAGAGCGUACGGGAUCUUUUAGAACAAAAAAGACUAAUAAAGAAAAAUCGAUAACGUUAAUGUUUUUCCCUAUAAAAGACUACAGAUACUAUAGAAGAUCCGUCAAUAAUUUAGAUAAAGCAGGAAGUAUAAAAAAAGGCGUAAAUGUAACUAAAGUUGUUGAAAAUACUAAUGAAGCACGAAUGAAGGCCAUAAUUGAUCCGAAUGAUUUAAUUAAUGUAGAAAGAUUAAAUAAUAGUAUAAAGCAACUAAAUGAGACAAAUAAACAAUAUGAGGUACGGUCCAAUGAUACACUUGUUUACAAUAUAGGUGAGGAAUCUAUUAAAAUAGUCGACGGCAACAAAACCUGCUUAUAA